AUGGUUGCUCUUUCAAUGAAUGGACUGUCACUAAAUCUGUUAAAUUCCUCACCCUUUCUUUUCUGUUUUCGCCCCAACCUCCUCUGUUUUCCGUUUUUCUUUUCCCCAACUUUCUUUACUACUUUCGACCCCUCCUCCCACGCUUUCUAUUUUGCUUUCGCCCCCAUCUUGCCCUCUUUCUUUUUUGCUUUCGCCUCCUCCCCCACUCUUUCUUUUCUGCUUUUGGCCCCCUCCUCCUCUCUUUCUUUUCUGCUUUCGACCUCUCCUCCCUGCUUUUUUUUCUGCUUUCGGCCCCCCCUCCUCCCUCUUUCUUUUCUGCUUUUUCUUUCCUGCUUUUUUUUUCCCUUUCGACCCCCCCUCCUCUUUCUUUCUUUUCUGCUUUCGACCCCCCUCCUCUUCCUUUCUUUUCUGCUUUUGACCCCCCCUCCUCUUUGCUUUCUUUUCUGCUUUGAACCCCCUCCUCUUUGCUUUCUUUUCUGCUUUCAACCCCCUCCUCCCCUCUUUUCUGCUUUCGACCCCUCCUCCUCUUCACUUUCUUUUUUUUGCUUUUGCUCUUCCUCCUCUUUCUUUUCUGAUUUUGCUCAUUCUCCUCCUUGCUUUCUUUUCUGCUCUCCUCAUCCUCCUCUUUUUUGCACCCCUCCUCCCCAUUUUCUUUUCUGUUUUCACCACCCCACUUUUCUACUUUCUUUCUUUUUCUUACUCCCUCUUUGUUUUCCUGCUUUAUCCUCCACUUUCUUUUCUGUUCUCUCCUACAGUUUUCUAUCUCAUCCCCACCCCACCAUACUCAAAAUCUUCCAAGCCAUUUUGUUUCCCCAGAGAUCAGAGACGAAUAUUAAAUUUUGA